GGACAACACCCGCGGCACGUCUAGACUAUUUUAGUACUGCCCUACACAAACAUUUUGCCAAAGAUUUCACGCGUUCCUGUACUCCAGCGACUUUGCAAGAUCGAAGGCAGCCUGUCGUGCACUGCACCAUUUCGUGACAUCAGGAAAAGCACCGGAAAAUUUAAGAAAAACCCGACUUAUAUAAGUGGAUCUUUUAUACUGAACACAACAUGAACAAAAUUUGGCGGCCAUGGCUCGAAACACCCGAAGACGAUCAAAGAAAACAGCGUCAAGUACGAUUCACGCCCUAUGGAUCGCCAAGUACAACAGGGAAUGUACAGCAACAACCACAAUUUAAACAUCCAGUCAGGUUACUCUGGACGAAAGCCGCAUAUGAUUACAUGUACGCAUCAGGAGAAACCUUACUUCGGAAUUUUCCCGUUCAGGCGACCAUCCAAGUCGUAGAUAGUAGUGAUAGUAGCGAUGACGAGGACGAUGAAGAUCUCGACGAAUGCGAUGAAAAAGAAAGUGAAAAGAAAGUAAAGCAGUAGCCAAUUAUUUAAAAAAGUAACUAUUUUGUACAUAAGUAAAUAAGUCCUGCAAAGGAGAUAUAUAUAUAUAUAUAUAUAUACAUAUGUGCCACCAUACCGAACUUACUUUGGUAAAUUAGAGGUGCUUUGAGCUCCAAAGUAAGACAGAUUGGGUUAGAGAUUUUUAGGGUGAUUUCUCGGAAAAAAAAGUUAUCGAACAAUUUUUCUAAAACUUUCCUUAUAUGUUCCCUACCAAUGUCUGUUUCGAAAAAUACAAUUUAAAAGAUAGGUCACCGUGCUCGUUUGAGAGAUAUAAUGAGCCAAAGUUACCCCGCGUAUGCCUGUUCUGGCACUAAUCACGUGGGUCAUUUGAUCGGUUCACGGUACAUUUUCAGGUAGUUGGAAGCAAGGUUCUUUAAAGUAACACUUAAAAAAAAAACUUGAUAGGUAGAAGGUCUCGAGCAUAUGGAACAAUAUGAUACAUAAUUUGUGAAAAAACCAUGCAAUUUCAUACAACAUCGACUUAAAACGUUCCUCGAAUCGUUCCUUUCUAGGUAAUAUUUUGCAUCAUCAAGUAACGAGCUUUGUUCCCCUUUUUUUAGCCAUAUUUUUUUCCCUUUCGCUGAAUUUUUCUUUAACUUGUCCAAUUUAAAGGGAUAAAUUUGCACACCAAAUUUAUGCAAUAAAAAAUAUAAGUCACCGUGCUCGUUCACGAGCUAAAGACCAUCGUACCUCUUUACCCAGUCCAUUUAUUGAAAAACAGAGCCAUGUUCUCGGAAUGUGCGCUUGCUUAUUCGCCUGAUUACGAACAGGAUGCCCAGUGAAAUGUUGAGGAAUCACCUUAAGUUAUCUAUUUGCAAAUGCAUCUAACAAAGCACUUUUUGAUUGUGUCUUGUAAAACCAAAACCAAAGAAAUCACUGGGACAAUCAGGACGAAGGGUGACGAUAGCCAAUGAGAAGUCAAAGUAAGAAACAUGAAAACGGCUCACAGCGCGGGAAAACCCUAUUGACAAAGUGUCUUGGAUUUUUCACUCAAUCGAAAAUUGUUCCAUCGCGCAAAAAACUCGCAAUAUGCGACUGUAACGGUGGUAAGAAACGAAAAGUCCUCAUGGACGUAAUUGCACCCUCUAUAUUAGCUUUUGAGGUUUUUUUUACAUCAAGUUUAUUGAAUCUAUCAAGACGUUUUGAUCGCCUAAGUAGUUUACCUUAUACACUUUUGUAAAUACAGAAAGAUAUAUGCAAUUCUAAAAACGUCCUAGCUGAAUUGAGUAAAAAGUCUAAACGGUAUCUGUCAUUGUGUUACAAUCGCCAUACUCAGAAAUUGCUCUUGAAAGAAGACAAUAUUUCCAAAUUUUUAGGCUUUUGAAGAAACCUGGAACAUCGAUCAGAAUAAGGAUAUCUAUUUGAUAUUCUACCGAUAAACCAUUGUAACUCGUAUAUGAUCAUCUUGUACAAGCAAAGUUUAUUUCCUGUAGCUUUUAUUCAUACGAGUCUCUGGCAUAAAAGUAGCACUCUCUCCUGAUCUAUGCUUCAGAGAAGUAACUUGGGUGAUAAGUAUGAACCACAAAAUGGUUCCAAUGUAAAUAACACCAUUGACAUGCAUAUAUCAUACAAGCUGUGCUUGCACCUUUGUAUAUGUUUAAGUUGAUAUACUAGAUAUUUUAUGGAUGAAUUGUGAUAAUAAAUAAACGCUAUUUAAAUGGA